AUGUCCAGCGACGACGAAAACGACUCCGGCGUGGAACAAGAAGUCACCUUGGCCUCUAUCGCCAGAAACCGCACCAUAAAUCUCCGUGUUAGCUCUGGGUAUACGCAAUGGGGCCCAGUGGAGGCCUUCCGUGAGCUUUUCAAGGUUAUCCGCAAGGAGCGAACCAUUGACGGUAAAACGCACAUCCUCUACACUGUCCCUAACCCGAAAGUGGCGACGGACUGCCUCGGGUACAUCCGGUUCGCCCGGUUCGACGACCAAGAGGGCUUUGUUGAAGUUACAAACCGGAAAGCUGUACUUCAACCAGGGCAUCUCGACUUUGGCAGCUCAAGUAAGAGAAACGAGAACACCCAGGCUGGUACACAUGGCGAAGGCCUCAAACUCGCCCUUCUGGUACUCCUGCGUGGCCACCAAAACCAUGCGAUCCGUUGCACUACUGGCAAUGUUCGUUGGAACUUCAACUUUUCCAAUCUCAAAAAUUUGGUGGCUCGACUUGGUAAAAUGACCUACGCCCAGAUCGACGCCGAACAGAAAGCAAGUCAAGUUCUACGGAAAGACGGCGUGAUCCCCUUCGCACCGUCCGCGUCUGACGACGUCCAGUUCCUGAUCGGUUGGUCGACGAGGAAAGGCCGAGAUGACAAGGGUAUCCUACGAACACGAGACCGCGUCCACAUCAAUGACUUCGAGGAGUGGUGCAAAUCCGCCAUCUUCCUGCAAUUUAUGCGAAACGAAGAUAUCGUGCGAACUACCGCCGGUGAUUUGAUCUACAACAACCUAUUGCCCCGUAGUGGAAAUUUGUACCUCAAAGGUCUCCUCCUAAAGGAAUCAACCGGCGUCGACUCGGCAAGCAUGACAGGCAAGCCGUUGAAGUUUGGAUAUAACUUCCGCGAUGGAGUGACGAACCGGGAAAGAAAGCAUAUUCAGGGGCGAAAUGCGGAAUCCCAGGCAAUUCUCAGAAUCUGGGAUCAAGUUUUGAUCCUAAAGCCGGAGUUUGUCAUUCAUAUCCAUGAAAUGCUGCUUGCCUCCGACUCACGCAACUCCGAGAUCCCCUCGUCAGAAACGGUGUAUGCGGAUGUGGCAAACCCAUCGCUUUUUCAGAAAGAAACUGUUACUUGCCUCAAAAACCACCUCUUUUCGGGAGGAAAGAAAUGGUACUAUUCUGCCCAUGAGAAGGCACAGAAUCACGAACUGCCGAAGAUUAUUCAUGGACUCGGCCGUGAGGGAGUGCAGAUCCCCAACGCAUACUGGUCGAUAUUGGAAAUGUUUAAGUUCGUGAGAACAGCCGCACAGGAGGAGGAGCGGCGAUUCCUCGAAGCCCAAAUGGCCGUAGUACCAAAUACUGCGUUUGCCCAAGAGACCUAUCGGCUCAUUCGAGCAAGCCUGCGCGGCUGCACUGAGACUCAUGACAUGGGGGUCAGGUUCGUUCAAGCAGGACCGCUGGCCCUCGAUAUCUGCCUCUCCGGCACCAGCGGCCCCGUCAAGAUCCAUUCAAGAUGGCUUACAAAGGCUGAAUCAACUAAAGAAAUCGGUGUAACGAGCACGCUCUUGGAGAGAAAUGUGCUUUUUCACACAAUCAGCAGACUAUUUUCGGAAGUUCUUCGCGAAGUAUGUGCAGGCAAGUCCGGCCAAGCCGAAAAAGAGAAGCGAGAGCGGAUUGGCGCCCAGCAGAGACUUCUUGAAUACUUGGAGAUGAAGAAGCACUUAUCUUUAGGUACGUCUUCUACUGCCAACCGCCAGCUCUCACUUAAAUGGGAUGACAAGUCGUCAUGGGGCGACGGCGGCGGUGUGAGUGUUCAGCUACAUCGCGAGGCAACUUGCUCCCAUCUUCGCCAAUAUGCUUUUGCAUCAGAAUGUAAGUUCCACUUGCUUACCCAGCAUCUACAAAUUAUUAACAUUCGGCCAGUCCAUGAGUCGACCGUACGCUGUAUAGCUUCAGCACAGCCACCAAAUUCCUCUGGAACUGGUGGGAAUACAGCCCAAGGAUGCCUUAGCCUGACACUAUCCCUGAGUGCUGGCUCCUACGAUUUCGAGCCACUCAAGACUAGGGAACCCUAUUUUGCGGUAAUGCUCAAGCCUUCUGAACCAAAUUCCGUCGUCCUCGUAUCAAACGUUCAUACCGCUACGGGCGCUCAGCGAGGGUCAGGAGUGUUCGGACAUGCGCCGAGAAAAUCCUACAGUACGUUAUUCUUGAAAACAACAAAAAGCGCGUACCAAUUCUAA